AUGACGACCGUCCAACGGAUCCAUGUCACUGAGAACGAACGACAAAUCUUCGAUCUGCUUCUCCGUGCCGUCGGCAAUUUCAGUCCCAAAACGAAGCUUCGCGUCGCCGGUGGUUGGGUGCGCGAUAAGAAUAUUGAAUGUUUGCUAUUAUCUCUCAACGGUUACUUACGCUCUCAAGGGGAGGACGAAGUACAAGGUCACGUCAUUGAAAGUAAACCUGCACAAGAAGGCAAACAGAAACCGACGUUGGAGACAGUAAAGAUGAGUCUUUACAACCACUCGAUAGAUCUUGUACACUUGAGAAGGGACGUAUAUGCACGCGGUAGUCGCAUCCCUGUAAAAGUGGUAUUUGCCUCCCUAGAAGAGGACGCUUUCAGGAGGGCCUUAACUAUAAAUAGCUUAUUCUACAACAUUCACACUGGCUUAGUAGAAGAUCUUACAGGAAGAGGUUAG